UCAGUUAACCGGUUUCAGAACGAGGAAAAAAUAGCUUACUUCAUCUUAGAACAUUCGUAACAACGUACGUGUUUUACGAAAACAAAAUGUCAUUAAAAACUACGUUAGUUUUAUUAUGUGCCAGUAUUUUAAUUAGUUGUGUUGCCGGAAAAACAAAACAUGAAUCUGCGAAACCGCCAACCGAUCAAGGUAAUAAUGAUGAGUUAGAAAACACAGCAAGAGAACGUAAACCCAGGCAAUAUUCGUCUAAUUAUUAUGGUACUCAAAAUGGCUACGCCCCCCAAGGAACAAAUCAAAAUGUAGAUGGCUACAAUCAAGGCGUACAGAAUGGUUACGACGGCUAUGGACAGCAAAACAGGAACCCCGGUUACAUAUCUGGUCAGGUCAGGCCUGGCGAAUCAGUCUCCAUUGGCAAUGGCCGUGGCCGUACCAACGUCGUCGCUAUAAACUCAGCUGGUGACACAGACUACUACGUCGGUUACACUGAUGGAGGAGUUAACACCAAUACUGGAUACGAUCAAGGAUACCCCACCAAAAAAGGUCAAGGUCAAAGCGGAAUCAUUGUUAACAAAAGACCUGAUGGUCAAGACGAUGUCCUCUUGUGGAAUGCCAAUAGCAACAAGCAGAGUUCAAUAGCAGUAAAUAAAGAUGGAACUCAGUUAUAUUCAGGUAAUGCUUACGAUACCUCUUACCAAACCUACAACCAGCAAUCCAAUACACCAAAAUAUCAACAAGGUUAUGGUAAGGCAGGUAGAAAUGCCUACCAAUCAUCAUCAUCUUCAAUCUAUAGCCAACAAGACCAAGUCUAUUUAAAUUCACAGAGAUACAAAUAAUUAGUGUUAUAAUAGAUGUGUACCCAAGUUGUGUAUCUUCUUGUAAAUAUUUAAAAAAAUAUUGUUUACCCUAUUAAAACGUAUCUAACAAAUGGAGACUGUGAUGAGAUUUUGCUUUUAAAUAAUUUCUUAAUUUUGGAUUAAAAGCUUUAUUAUAA